UUUACUGCUCAGUUCUUGUGUGGUGAUUGUUUUUCUUGUCGUUUAAGCCGUUAUUUGGAACCCGAUAGAAACUUUCACAUAGUUAGUUGUCAAUUCUCCAUGCAUUAUGCUUUUAGUUGUGAAGAGAAAGUGAGAAGAUUGUUGGAAAAUGUGACAGAGAGACUCGUAGCUGGUGGCUUCUUUAUUGGUACGAUACCUGAUUCGAAUGUUUUGGUGAGAAAGUUGCGUGCUUCUUCAGGCUUGGAGUUUGGUAACGAGUUUUAUCGUGUUGUCUUUGAUGAUUCUUCAAGUAAAACAUUUACGAAACCUUUUGGUAUUCGAUAUCAUUUUUAUUUGGAGUCUUCGGUGUUGGAUAUACCUGAAUAUUUAGUAGUUAUGCCUGUAUUUGAAAAACUUGCCAAAGGAUAUGGAUUAGAGUUGCAGUUGGUUAUGAACUUUCAUGAAUUUAUUACCAUGUAUUUGUCAGCUGGUAGUCCUUUUAUAUCUUUAUUUCAUCGUAUGAAUAUACUUCAAGAUGGAGGAUUAUCACCCGAGUUUUGGGAUACUGCCUAUUUAUACACCGUAUUUGCCAUGAAGAAGCAAGGAGCUAGUCCUUGGUUAGGUUUGUCACCAGAAUCCAUUUCUUAUGUAGACAAUACAAGUUUUGAACGAAAAGUGAUUGUUAUGAUGGACGAUGAGGAAUUGGAUUCGGAACGGAUAACCUUUGUGGAUAAAGAAUGGAAUGAAAUGAUUCCUAAACGAAUCAAGCUGCAGAAAUGAUAAUUUUUCCCGAAUCGUCGAUGGGAAUGAAGUAAGUUGGAUAACUUCAACGUUUUUCUAAUAAGGAAAUCAGUUAUUAUUCAUUCGUUUACUCUUUUCACGUUGGAUGAAUUCUCACAAAGGCUCUUAUUGGACUGUAACUGUCUUAUCUUGUUCCGUGUUAUCCGUUGCCUUGGGUUGGAGGAACUGGGAACUUUACAAGGAGUUGAAAUAUUUCCAAACACGUGCUCAAGAAGAAAUAGGAAAAGUACAACAACAGCGUGAUGAGAACCAAAGACGACUGAAUGAAUGGAAGCACAACUUGGACGCCCAAAUAGACUCCCUUGUGGAUGUUGUAGAAGAACAACAAGUACAUACCACAUCAGAUAAAGUGAAAACCAAAGAUGACUAUAGACAACUUUUGAGACAAUGGAUAAAAUCUUCUUUUGAACAACAAUAAAAGCACACAUUCUCUUUUGAGGGGAAUAAUUCUUCAAGUGGUUCGUUCCCACUUUUGUGUAUCCACU